UGUUACAAGUUCUAGGUUAUGUUUACUUACUGUUUUUAAAAUUAUUUUUAAAUUUCUUUAUUAAAUUUUUGUAUAAUUUUGAUUCAAAGUGUAUAUUAUAUUGAUCAACCAAAUUUAAUAAAUUAUAAGUAUAACAUAUUGAUCAAAUUACUAUAAUGAAAUGCAAAAAGUGUGAUAGUAUUGGAACUUUAGCAAUAAGAAAAGAAUAUUUCUUUUGCGACGAUUGCUUCCUUAGCUAUGUUAAUCAUAAAUUUCGUGCGUGUCUUGGAAAGAAUACAAAGAUUAAACCAAAAGACAAAGCCUUACUAUGUUUAUCUGGGGGACCUUCAUCAAUUGUUCUUUUGGAUUUAGUUAUGAAUAGUGUAUCAUUAGAAACACAUAAAAAAUUAAGGAUCACUCCUGUUUUACUACAUAUUACUGGUCUUAAGAAUGAUUCAUUAAAUCAGAGGAACUCUCAGUUAUUACAUGAUUUAAGUAAAAAGUAUAAUACUGUCAUUAAUGAAGUAAAUAUUAAUGAUUAUAAAUGGAAAAACACUGUAGAUUUAAAUUUUUGCACUAAAUUCUUGGGUCUAACUCACAAUCCUACAGCUAAAUUAGAUUAUGAAGCUAAGAUUAAACAAAACCUGUAUUAUGAGGUUGCUAAAGAGAUGGAAUGUAAUUUGAUAUUCACUGGUGAGACUAAUACUACAUUAGCUCAGAAUUUGCUUUCAAAUAUUGUCAUGGGAAGAGGAUCGCAAGUGGAAAAUGAUAUUGGGUUUUGUGAUGGACGUAAUUGUAAUGUUAAGUUAUUACGACCAAUGAGAGAUCUAACAGUUGAAGAAUUGGAUCAUUACAAAAGAAUAAAAAAAUUGGAUUCUGUAUGUGAUACAAAUAUUUCUGUCAACAGUAUACAAAAAGUUAUAUCAAACUUUGUAGAUGAGUUACAAACUAAUUCUCCAGCAACAAUUUCUACAAUAUGUAAAACUGCAGAUAAACUUGGCACAGCUGCAAAAGAUAUUAAAGAAUCUCAAAUAUGCUCACUAUGCCAGAGUAAUCUGGAUGUCCAUAAUUCAAAAUUAACAGCAAUUGAGGCAAUUAGUUUUUCAAAGAGAAUAUCAUCCGGAGAUAUACCAAAAGCAAUAAAAAUUUGUAGCAAUGAACUAGGCAAUGUUGAAAGUAGUAACUUUCUGUUUCCUGAUUACAAUAACACCUUAUGUUAUUGUUGUAGUAAGACUUAUUCAGAAUUAAAUAAUACUGGUGUAUAAUAUUAAUAAACACUUCAAUAAUAA